AUGAGCAAUAACUAACUACUUGGACAUGUUGCAGCAUGAAAAAGGGGAAGUGAAAAUAUUACCGAGCUACAAUAAAACAGCAAUGCCUUAUUGUCGGCACAGAAUGAGGAGGGGAUUUGAUGAAUUUAAAGAGAUGGCACUAUAAAGGAAUGGGUACAGUCACUAUAUGGAGUAACCUUGUUUGGGAUAAUCAGCUGUGCCUAGACAGUUGGAGCUAUGGAUUUCAAUGCCAACACACUGUGCUGUGCUAGUGCCCGGGGGGAUGUGGAUCUGGCAAGACAGAUACUACAGAGUGGUAUCCCAGUAAAUGCCCCAAACUCUCACGGAAGGACCCCAAUACAGGUCAUGAUGAUGGGUAGUCCUCAGAUGGCUGAACUGCUGCUUGAUCAGGGUGCUGACCCAAAUGUUCCUGACCCCAGUACAGGAACCUGCCCAGCUCAUGACGCAGCCCGUGAAGGUUUUUUGGACACUCUGCUAGUGCUGCUUAGGAAUGGGGCAAGUCUCUACGCACCACUGGACAACUAUGGUCAGCGACCCAUAGACCUGGCUUCACCAUACCUAAAAUCUAAAUUACUGCUGCUAGGAUAUCACUGA